GAAAUUCACAACAAGGACAUUUGAAAGCUUUUGUGACUGCCUCGGGGCGAGCAGAGCUACUACAAUGUCGGAGUCAUUUGCCCCAAUUUCGGAGCCAAUACCAAUCCCUAAGAUUGCUGGCCGAUAUUUGCUAUUCGACGUCAAUGUCGUAACUUACCUUCGCAGUACUUACCAUAUCUGCGGGGUCCUCAUCGGUAGCAUCCCGCAGAUUCCCCAGCAGAAUGUGUUCCUUGGUCUUCCCCUUGAGCUCAUGCCCGAGGAAGCCAAGCUUCUAGUGGAGAAGGAGGUCGCAUAUAUUGUCGAUGAUGUUGCUUGGCACAAGGAGAGGUUCAAUACUCUAGAGGGGUCUGACAAGAAGAAAUACUUGGAGUCUCUUAGAUCUAAAGGCCUUGAGGCCAGAAGGAUUGCGGAAGGCGUGUCGCGGAAGAAGUCAGAGAACGCACUUGCUAAGCAAGCAGCUCAGAGAAGAAGGAAAGCCGUUGAAGCUUCGGCUGAAGAUCACAACACAAAUGAAGACACCACAGAUGGUGCUGCCUCAGAAUCACUAUUCAACGAUGUGCGACCUGCAUCUCGAGCAUCGUCUGCCCCCUCCACAUCAGACACGCCCUUCCCUGUAACGCCGACCACCAGUUACUCCCCUUCCUCCCUGCCGGAAAAUCCAACACCGCAGGCAGAUCCUCCUGUCCCAUCGUCCUAUCCCUUGUUCAAACAUCUACACUCCCGUAACUAUUUCGUCAUGCCUGGGCUUCGUUUUGGGUGUGAUUACAACGUGUAUCCUGGAGAUCCGUUGCGCUUCCACAGCCACUUUUCAGCUACAAGUUACGAUUGGGAUGAGGAGUUCUCGAUGAUAGAUUUGAUCGGAGGGGGGCGGUUAGGGACCAGAGUCAAGAAAGCCUUUCUCAUCGGUGGGAAAGACCCGUGUGUCGAGCCAGACAAAGGGGACAGCGUCAGAACGUUUUGCAUCGAGUGGGGUGGCAUGUAAGAGUAGCAGACAGGUGCACAGCAACGGAACGUGGCAUUACCUUAGAUACCCAAAAUAAUCAAUGAAUGAUGGAAUUCUACAUAC